AUGAACACAGCUCUGUAUAAUGAUACUGAGUAUCUAUACACUGAUAAUGAACACGUCGCUCUGUAUAAUGAUUCUGAGUAUCUAUACACUGAUAAUGAACACACCGCUCUGUAUAAUGAUACUGAGUAUCUAUACACUGAUAAUAUACACAGCGCUCUGUAUAAUGAUACUGAGUAUCUAUACACUGAUAAUGAACACACCGCUCUGUAUAAUGAUACUGAGUAUCUAUACACUGAUAAUGAACACACCGCUCUGUAUAAUGAUUCUGAGUAUCUAUACACUGAUACUGAACACAGCGCUCUGUAUAAUGAUACUGAGUAUCUAUACACUGAUAAUGAACACAGUGCUCUGUAUAAUAAUACUGUGUAUCUAUACACUGAUAAUGAACACGCCGCUCUGUAUAAUGAUACUGAGUAUCUAUACACUGAUACUGAACACAGCGCUCUGUAUAAUGAUACUGAGUAUCUUUACACUGAUAAUGAACACAGUGCUCUGUAUCAUAAUACUGAGUAUCUAUACACUGAUGAUAAAUGUGCUGCACUAUAUAAUAAUACUGAGUAUCUAUACACUGAUAAUGAGCACGCCGCUCUGUAUAAUGAUACAGAGUAUCUAUACACUGAUAAUGAACACACCGCUCCGUAUAAUGAUACUGAGUAUCUAUACACUGAUAAUGAACACGCCGCUCUGUAUAAUAAUACUGAGUAUCUACACGCUGAUAAUGAACACACCGCUCUGUAUAAUAAUACUGAGUAUCUAUACACUAAUAAUGAACACACCGCUCUGUAUAAUAAUACUGAGUAUCUUUACACUGAUAAUGAACACAGCGCUCUGUAUAAUAAUACUGAGUAUCUAUACACUGAUAAUGAACACAGCGCUCUGUAUAAUAAUACUGAGUAUCUAUACACUGAUAAUGAACACACCGCUCUGUAUAAUAAUACUGAGUAUCUAUACGCUGAUAAUGAACACAGUGCUCUGUAUAAUGAUACUGAGUAUCUAUACACUGAUAAUGAACACACCGCUCUGUAUAAUAAUACUGAGUAUCUAUACACUGAUAAUGAACACACCGCUCUGUAUAAUAAUACUGAGUAUCUAUACACUGAUAAUGAACACAGCGCUCUGUAUAAUGAUACUGAGUAUCUAUACACCGAUAAUGAACACACUGCUCUGUAUAAUGAUACUGAGUAUCUAUACUCUGAUAAUGAACACACCUCUCUGUAUAAUAAUACUGAGUAUCUAUACACUGAUAAUGAACACACCGCUCUGUAUAAUGAUACUGAGUAUCUAUACACUGAUAAUGAACACACCGCUCUGUAUAAUGAUACUGAGUAUCUAUACACUGAUAAUGAACACGCAGCUCUGUAUAAUGAUACUGAGUAUCUAUACACUGAUAAUGAACACACCGCUCUGUAUAAUGAUACUGAGUAUCUAUACACUGAUAAUGAACACACCGCUCUGUAUAAUGAUACUGAGUAUCUAUACACUGAUACUGAACACACAGCUCUGUAUAAUGAUACUGAGUAUCUAUACACUGAUAAUGAACACACCGCUCUGUAUAAUAAUACUGAGUAUCUAUACACUGAUAAUGAACACACCGCUCUGUAUAAUGAUACUGAGUAUCUAUACACUGAUACUGAACACAGCGCUGAGUAUCUGAUAUAA